AUGCAUCGACUUUUUGCUAAGCUGAAGCCAUCUGUAACCGUCACCGAGCAAAACCUGGCAGAUCGAGUUCGGUAUAUCUUGCGCUCAAAUACAUUUGAUGUCACCGAACUCGAACGGCUACGACGUGAGGCUGUUCCUUCAUCGGAUGAAAAUGCUACGGCUGAUGAUGCGGCGCCACAACUUGCGGAUCAUAACGCAAACAUGGAUACCGCCAUGAAUACCCCAGUUGUGGUUGAUUCAAACGAUGAUAGAACAGUCGCCCAGGAACUGGAACUUGAGCAAUUGAGGAGUACAUUGGAUGGGGCGAUUUUGGAAACGCGCAGUACGCCUCUCGAAAAUCGACCGCGUCUUCCCCGCAUAGCCCUAAGCGAGCGGAAUCGGGCUGUCGUGAGGGCUCUGAACCCAAUGCUGGUGACCUAUUUGGAAGCCAGCCGGGACCUUUGCGAGAUGGACUCAAUUCUUUUUGACGCUGCACUGGCAGUCUGCUGUAUUGUAGGCGCGAAACUUUCCACGGCUGGACGCACUACUGGACAAAGUAGUGCUAUCCCAGCCUGGAGAAUAAGAAUUGAAGAACGUAUCUCAAAGGCUAGGGCCCUCAUCGGCAGACUGAUAUGCUUCAGGUCAGGCAAUACCAGGCCAAGGAUUGUGCGCACCGUCUGGAUGGCGUUUGCUGGGACAAAUGUUAGUUUGUCCCAGCCGGAUAUAAUGAAAAACUGA